GUGUGAAGGGCGUUGGGUGGAGAUGGCCGACAACUCUAUCUACUCAACAUUAGAGCUGCCUGCUGCACCUCGAGUCCAAGAUGACUCCAGAUGGAAGGUCAAAGGUGGAGCUUGCUUAUCUACUCGAUAGCUCUCUGUCCUAGUGAGAGUACAGAAGCCACAGUUGCAAAGCCAAGGUUUCCCUUUAACUGGAGAACAAGUGCUCACCCUAAUCAGGAGAGGAACCUGUGUGGCCUGGGUUCCUGUCCCUCCAGGCAGAAGUGCUUCAAGAUACAGAGGUUCUUGCCUGAGCCUCUGCUCACGGCUCAAGGCUUUUGCUUUGGGUUGUGUCUCUGCAGCUGUCUUACACCGACCCUGUGUUUCCUACCUUGUGAUGGUGGCUUUGGGGCUUUUGACUGUGAUUCUCAUGAGUCUACUGUUGUACCAACGGACUCUGUGCUGUGGCUCCAAGGGCUUUAUGUGUUCCCAGUGCUCCAGGUGCCCCAACCUCUGGAUGAGGAACGGGAGCCACUGUUACUACUUCUCAAUGGAGAAAAGGGACUGGAACUCUAGUCUGAAGUUCUGUGCAGACAAAGGCUCGCAUCUCCUUACAUUUCCGGACAACCAGGGAGUGAACCUGUUCCAGGAGUAUGUGGGCGAGGACUUUUACUGGAUUGGCUUGAGGGACAUCGAUGGCUGGAGGUGGGAAGAUGGCCCAGCUCUCAGCUUAAGCAUUCUCUCUAACAGCGUGGUACAGAAGUGUGGCACCAUCCACAGGUGUGGCCUCCACGCCUCCAGUUGUGAGGUUGCUUUGCAGUGGAUCUGUGAGAAGGUCCUGCCCUGAAGGAUUCCACUGUGUCCCAAGCCUCAGAUCUGCCACAUGUCUUCAAAAAGAGGGAAUGGGCAUGGGGAACCUCUGUUCACAAAGGUGUCUUUAGCAAAUGCCAAACCUGUUAUGAUAUGCCAUUAGACAGGCGUUAGCAUUCCUUCCUGGGAGCUGGCAUUUUUCAACUGGGCUUUCUCAGUCAUGUUAGCCAUUUAAAGCCUAAAUCUGGGCAAAUGAAAUAGAUAAAAUUUAUUUUGAUGGCUCUUACUGCACAAACUCACCCUGGCUUUCUCAUCCCAUACUCUGCCAUAUCUAUCAAAGAUAUGUGCAAAACUAUUCAUCUGCAGAAGAACCCCCACCACGGUCAAUAACACAUUACAUAGACAUCGAGUAGAGACAGAAAAGCAAACACCUCCUGUUCUCACUCCUGCUUGGAAGCUGAAGUAGCUCAAGCCUGAGGUGUAGGGAGAAGUGCAGUGGUUACCAGAGUCCAGGAGACUGAAGGGAUGGUAGAGGUUGGUUAAUGGUUUGGCUGGUGUGGGGUGACCAUCAUGAUUAAUGAUUGUUGUAUGUUUGCCAAUAUGUUGUGAACUUCCGGAUAGCGAGGUGGAAGGACCGUGGGUGUUACCAAAUGCCUGCAGGAGAGAUGUGCUGAGAACCCUGACUGGAUGAUUUCCACACACAUUGAAAUAUCACACUGUGCCCCAUAAAUGUGUACAAUCAUUAUCUAUCCCUAAUUUCCCUAAAAAUUAAAGAAGUCCCAAUUAAAAUAAAAAAUACCUUUCUGCUA